AUGAUCAGUGAAUCUGUGGAUAAUUGUCCAAGCAACUGUUAUGGGAAUGGGGAUUGUGUUUCUGGGACUUGUCAUUGUUUCCUCGGUUUCCUGGGUCCAGACUGUGGCAGAGCCUCCUGCCCUGUGCUUUGCAGCGGAAAUGGACAGUACAUGAAAGGGAGGUGUCUGUGCCACAGUGGCUGGAAAGGCGCCGAGUGCGAUGUGCCCACUAACCAGUGCAUUGAUGUGGCCUGCAGCAACCGAGGCACCUGCAUCAUGGGGACCUGCAUUUGCAAUCCAGGCUACAAGGGAGAGAGCUGCGAAGAAGAGAUCUGUGCAUCGGACUGUGGAGGCCACGGAGUCUGCGUGGGAGGCACCUGCCGCUGUGAGGAUGGCUGGAUGGGGUCCGCCUGCGAUCAGAGGGCCUGCCACCCUCGCUGUAAUGAGCACGGGACCUGCCGGGAUGGCAAAUGUGAAUGCAGCCCCGGCUGGAACGGAGAGCAUUGCACUAUUGAAGGCUGUCCUGGUUUGUGCAACGGGAAUGGCAGAUGUACCCUGGACCUGAACGGAUGGCACUGCGUGUGUCAGCUAGGCUGGAGAGGAGCCGGCUGUGACACCUCCAUGGAGACCGCGUGUGGCGAUGGCAAAGACAACGAUGGAGAAGGUAUCUUAGAUUUGUUCCUACAUGCCUGUGUCAUUCGAGGCCAAGUGAUGACGUCUGAUGGGACUCCGCUGGUUGGUGUGAACAUCAGUUUUGUCAACAACCCUCUCUUUGGAUAUACCAUCAGCAGACAAGAUGGCAGCUUUGACCUGGUCACAAAUGGAGGGAUCUCCAUCAUCCUGAGGUUUGAGCGAGCGCCAUUCAUCACUCAAGAGCACACCCUCUGGCUCCCAUGGGACCGCUUCUUUGUCAUGGAAACCAUCGUCAUGAGGCAUGAGGAGAAUGAGAUCCCGAGCUGUGACCUGAGCAACUUUGCCCGCCCCAACCCCAUCGUCUCUCCUUCCCCUCUGACAGCCUUUGCGAGCUCCUGCGCAGAGAAAGGCCCCAUCGUUCCUGAAAUCCAGGCUUUGCAGGAAGAGAUCAGCAUCUCCGGCAGUAGCAUGAAGCUGAGCUACCUGAGCAGCCGGACGCCUGGUUACAAGUCCGUCCUGAAGAUCAGCCUCACCCACCCCACCAUCCCUUUCAAUCUCAUGAAGGUCCACCUCAUGGUCGCUGUGGAAGGGCGCCUCUUCAGGAAGUGGUUCGCCGCCGCCCCAGACCUCUCCUACUAUUUCAUCUGGGACAAGACUGAUGUCUACAACCAGAAGGUGUUUGGCCUCUCAGAAGCCUUUGUUUCUGUCGGGUAUGAAUAUGAAUCCUGCCUGGAUUUGAUCUUAUGGGAGAAGAGGACCGCAGUCCUCCAGGGCUAUGAAAUCGAUGCUUCCAAACUGGGAGGAUGGACCUUGGACAAGCAUCACGCCCUCAACAUCCAGAGCGGUAUACUGCAUAAAGGAAAUGGAGAAAAUCAGUUUGUAUCCCAGCAGCCACCUGUCAUUGGAAGCAUCAUGGGGAAUGGACGGCGGCGAAGCAUUUCCUGUCCUAGCUGUAAUGGCCUUGCCGAUGGCAACAAGCUCCUGGCUCCAGUGGCCCUCGUGUGUGGCUCAGAUGGGAGCCUCUACGUUGGUGACUUCAACUACAUUCGGAGGAUCUUUCCCUCUGGCAAUGUCACCAACAUCCUGGAGUUAAGAAAUAAAGAUUUCAGACAUAGCCAUAGUCCAGCUCAUAAGUACUACCUGGCGACAGACCCCAUCACUGGAUCCGUCUUCCUCUCUGACACCAACAGUCGUCGAGUCUUUAAAAUCAAGUCAACCACAAUCGUGAAGGACGUCGUCAAGAAUUCCGAGGUGGUGGCCGGGACAGGAGAUCAGUGCCUUCCUUUUGAUGACACUCGCUGCGGUGAUGGCGGGAAGGCCACAGAGGCCACGCUCACCAAUCCCAGGGGUAUAACAGUAGACAAAUUUGGGCUGAUCUACUUUGUGGAUGGCACCAUGAUCAGGCGCAUUGAUCAGAAUGGGAUUAUCUCCACUCUCCUGGGAUCCAAUGACCUGACCUCCACCCGGCCUCUCAGCUGUGACUCUAUCAUGGAUAUAUCUCAGGUUCGCCUGGAGUGGCCCACCGACUUGGCGAUCAACCCCAUGGAUAACUCCCUCUACGUUCUGGACAACAACGUGGUCCUGCAGAUCUCUGAGAACCAUCAAGUGCGCAUCGUGGCCGGGAGGCCCAUGCACUGCCAGGUGCCCGGCAUCGACCACUUCCUCCUGAGCAAGGUGGCGGUCCACGCCACCCUGGAGUCCGCCACGGCCCUGGCCGUCUCCCACAACGGGGUCCUCUACAUCGCCGAGACCGACGAAAAGAAGAUCAACCGAAUCCGUCAGGUCACCACCAACGGGGAGAUUUCUCUGGUCGCCGGUGCCCCCAGCGGCUGCGACUGCAAGAAUGAUGCCAACUGUGACUGCUUCUCCGGGGACGACGGCUACGCCAAGGAUGCCAAACUGAACUCGCCGUCUUCCCUGGCCGUGUGUGCCGACGGGGAGCUCUACGUGGCCGAUCUGGGGAACAUCAGGAUCCGCUUUAUCCGGAAAAACAAGCCGUUCCUGAACACCCAGAACCUGUACGAGCUGUCCUCCCCCAUUGACCAGGAGCUCUACCUGUUUGACACGAGCGGGAGACACCUGUACACCCAGAGCCUCCCCACGGGGGAUUACCUGUACAACUUCACUUACACGGGCGACGGCGACAUCACCCUCAUCACGGACAACAAUGGCAACGUGCUGAAUGUGCGCAGGGACUCCACUGGAAUGCCCCUGUGGCUCGUGGUCCCAGACGGCCAGGUGUACUGGGUGACGAUGGGUACCAACAGCGCCCUCAAAAGCGUGACGACCCAAGGGCACGAGCUGGCGCUGAUGACUUACCAUGGCAACUCCGGGCUCCUCGCCACCAAGAGCGAUGAAAACGGAUGGACCACGUUUUAUGAGUACGACAGCUUUGGCCGCCUGACGAACGUGACAUUCCCCACUGGCCAGGUCAGCAGCUUCCGAAGCGACACAGACAGCUCAGUGCACGUCCAGGUGGAGACAUCUAGCAAGGAUGAUGUGACGAUAACCACCAACCUGUCAGCUUCUGGUGCCUUCUACACACUGCUGCAGGACCAAGUACGGAACAGCUACUACCUGGGUGCUGACGGCUCCCUGAGGUUGAUGCUGGCCAACGGCAUGGAGGUGGCCUUACAGACCGAGCCCCACCUUCUGGCCGGCACCGUCAACCCCACAGUGGGCAAGAGGAACGUGACGCUGCCCAUCGACAACGGCCUCAACCUGGUGGAGUGGAGGCAGCGCAAGGAGCAGGCCAGGGGCCAGGUCACCGUCUUUGGGCGCCGGCUACGGCUGCACAAUGUGAUUCCUGGAUAUCCCAAGCCAGACACAGAUGCUAUGGAACCAUCCUAUGAACUUAUCCAAACACAGAUGAAAACCCAGGAGUGGGACAAUAGCAAGUCCAUCCUUGGAGUACAGUGUGAGGUGCAGAGACAGCUAAAAUCCUUCGUCACCCUUGAACGAUUCGAGCAGAUCUAUGGUUCCAAUGUUGUUGGCUGCCAACAAGCCCAGGAAACCAAGAAAUUUGCCUCCAGUGGGUCUAUCUUUGGCAAGGGAGUAAAAUUUGCUAUGAAAGAUGGUCGGGUGGCCACUGACAUCAUCAGCACAGCCAAUGAGGAUGGUCGGAGGAUUGCUGCCAUCUUGAACAAUGCCCACUACCUGGAGAACUUGCAUUUCACAAUUGAGGGGGUGGACACACACUACUUUGUGAAACCGGGGCCCUCUGAGAGUGACCUGGCUAUCUUGGGCCUCAAUGGGGGGCGACGAACCCUGGAGAAUGGGGUGAAUGUCACAGUUUCCCAGAUCAACACAAUGCUCAAUGGAAGGACUAGACGCUAUACAGAUAUCCAGCUCCAGCACGGGGCGCUGUGUUUGAACACCCGCUACGGGACCACCCUGGAUGAGGAGAAGGCGCGAGUGCUGGAGCUAGCUCGACAGAGGGCUGUGGGCCAGGCCUGGGUCCAAGAACAGCAGAGACUACGGGAAGGGGAGGAGGGCAUCCGCUCCUGGACAGAGGGGGAGAAGCAGCAGGUGCUAAGCACUGGGCGGGUGCAAGGCUAUGACGGAUACUUUGUCAUCUCGGUGGAACAGUACCCAGAACUGGCCGACAGUGCCAGCAACAUUCACUUCAUGAGACAGAGUGAGAUGGGCAGAAGGUGACAGAGAGGGUCUGAGCGUUAACUUCUUGCCAAAGACAGCUACUCUCUUGUGGCCACUUACCUGACUGUGUUGUACUCGGGAAAAAUGAAAAAAACAAAAAAACAGACAAAAAAAAACAGACAAAAACAAAAAAAAAAAAGAAAAAAAGAAAAAAAUUUUUUUCUUAAUGAGCGCAGAAAAGGAAAAAAAGAGAUUGGUUGCACAGUAACUCAUGCAACAUCCUUUCUUUUUUAAUUUGGCCUUCACACGUUUUUUGCAAAGAACAGAAGGUAUUAUUUUUUCCCGUAGUGUGAUCAAAGUGAUUCCUGUCUCUUGUUCCUUUUUUUAAUGUUGUGUUUUGGGGUCGUGUUAACUUUUCUUUCUUUCUUUCUUUUUUUGUCUUUCUCCAUUGGGAGGCAUUUCCAGAUGAGUGGGUUAGUGUCUUUUCCUUAGUACUUGGUCAGUCGGAAGUGAGCCCAGAGUGUGUGUGCUUCCUGGUCCCCUCCCAGACCCAGGCUUCUGAAGACAAGAGGAGAAGGUGGGAUGGGGAGAGAGCUAGAAGAAAACCACACCCCAGUGCACUUACUUAAAGUUCCCAGGGGCCAAGGCUGGGUCCACUGGGUGGGGGGAGCAGGGAAGGGGUCCUACUGAAUCUCUGAAUCCUUGGUAGGGCCCUAGUGCCUCCAUGUGCCCUCUGCCCAGUAUUUUGUGCCUCUGGAGACUUAAAAACCAGCAUGUCCCUUUGCUGGAGGCCAAGGCGACAUUCAUCACCCUUCCCCAAGCUAAAGACCCAACUUUAAAUCUUGAAACCAGAUCUGUAAGACCACCCCUUUCCCCCUCCCCUAACCUACCCCUCCUUUGCAAAUCUUGUUAAGCCUUUCUGCUAAGAAAGGCUUUCCCUCUUGCUCCCCAGGCAAGGACAGAGCAGUAGCCAUCAGAAGGCCUGAAGGCUCUGCUGCUGACUUUGGCAGGUCCAUCGCCCUCUCUAGGCCCUGGAUUCCUCCUCCAUAAAAUGGAGAUUAGACGGCAUCAUCUCUAAAUCUCCUUCCAGCACUAACAUCCUGUGAGUCUGUAAGAAUUCAGUGCUCCAGACUGAGCCUUCCAGGGGGUUAGAUACUGCAGAAAACGAACACCUUAUGAAAGGAACCGCUUUCCUUAUUUUUUGAGGCCGUAGCCUGGUUGAAUCCCCCUUCUCGUUCCCCCAUUCCCCAUAGCCAGAGCUGAGACUAGUUUUAGGUAGCUAGAGGAGCCUAGGGAGGCCCAAGAGAGGGAGGGCUGUGUCCCACUAAGGGAAGCCUCCGGCCACAAGCAGAGGACCUUGUACACAGAAGGAGCUUAAUAAAUGUUGAUAGUAGUGAAAUAAUAGAGGUGGAGUUCAGAAUCAGCCUUCCUUCUCCGUGCCCCCUGGAUAUAUCCUAGGGAGGGCUGGGAGGAGGGUACAGGGAAUAAGAUGUGAGGAAAGGGUAUAGCCACAAAGGGAUUGUCAUGACACCCAGGUGCUAUUUCACAAGCAGAAAGGAAGGUAGAGUGGGAUGCAGAGAGAAAGGCGUUCUGCAGUGGAAUGCAGGGAGGAAAAAUGUUUGGGGAGGGGGAGGGGGAUGUCUUAAUAAGCUGAUCAAGGGAGAGUCCUGAGCCAGACACGACAUCGGCUAUCCCCAAAAGUUCACGAGCCCCUCAGAACGGAAGUCUGGCAUAUGGCGAGCUUGCUAGGUGGCUAAAGAUGAGUGUUGAAGAACGGGUCAUGAAAUAACUAAUGCUGGGUAGAGCGUUCCUGGAAAUAACUCUGGCUGGACAGGAGCCCUGGAGGCCAUUUGCAUAGUGGAAGGGACCUUGGAUUUGGGGUCAGAGGACUUGGGUUCAAAUCCUGUCUCACCUGUGAGACAUGGAGCAAAUUGUUUCACGACUUUGAGCCUCAGUUUCCUCCUUUGUAAAAGGAUUGGCUGAAGUAGUGCUCAGUGCAACCUAAGAUCUCUUUCAGCUCUAAAUCUGAUAGUCAGAAAGAAAGAAAGAAAGAAAGAAAGAAAGAAAGAAAGAAAGAAAGACCACCUGCUGACAACCUCACCUAACACGUCAACAUGUUUUGUAUUGAUGGGCCCGGGAGCCACUUAGAGGGGAAUCUCCCGUCCGCCAUGAAUCUGCCCUCACUGUCAGGGCUGCCCAGCAGGAAGAGGCAUGAGUUUCCCCACGGACUCCUUUUCACCCAAGACAUGUCCUCUGGGUGGGCCAUUUGGGGAUGGUCAGAGAGUAGGGCCAGCCUUAAUCUGGGACCCUGGGGCAGCCCCAAGCUGGUGGGUAUGUGGGGAGUGGCUGGGCUGCCAAGAGCCGAGCUUCCCCUACUCUGUGUGUGUGUGUGUGCGUGUGUGUGUACGUGUGUUUGCGGCACGCUCAUAUUAAGCGUUUGCUGUCAGCAAAGAGUUCCUUUCCUCGUUCACACUCUUCAUCGACAUGGCCAUCCAUGUGUGAGGGGGGCAGGAACAGACGCUGCCACCUUCUUUGGGGGGCUGGUUUAUUGAAAAAUGGGCCUUUUGUGGGAGCAAAUGGGUUUCAUUUACAUUAAGUGUGGAAAAUGGAUUUCAAGUCUGAGCUAUUCCCGGUGGAAACCUUGUUGGACUGAUAAGCUCUCAGUACCUUUAUAGCCUUACUCACGGAGUCUUCAGAUUAUUACACAAGCUAAUGAAAGCAGGCCGGUCUCUCCAUUUCCAACAGCCUGUGCACCUUGUAGUCUGUGCUGGGCCAAGAACUAGGGGAUGGUUCAAACCUGCCUGAUGGAAAAGGAAUUUAUUUGCCUUAGAUUUUCAGGUGGGAGGGGCAGA